GCACCGGAUCGCCACCUCUUCCGACUUCCGCGGCCGCAUAAACUGUCGAAACCACAACUCCACAAAUUUGCCUCCCCUCUUUCCCCAGGUUAAACAACCCAUCCGGAGCCGGAGAACGCCAGAAGAAUCCAGAGGCACCCCCGAGUUUGUUGGCGAUGUUGCGCGCGGGAGGAAGCCGGCUCGUCGCCCCCGGACUCCGGCGGCUCCUCGGCCCGGGGGCCGGGGAGAGGGCUGCGCCGGGGCUGGCGGCGGCGGGGGCGGGGGCGAGGGCGUACCACGAGCGGGUGGUGGACCACUACAACAACCCGCGGAACGUCGGGUCUUUCGACAAGGACGACCCCAACGUCGGCACCGGGCUGGUCGGCGCGCCGGCCUGCGGCGACGUCAUGAAGCUUCAGAUCCGUGUCGACGAAGGCACCGGGAAGAUCGUCGACGCCUGCUUCAAGACCUUCGGCUGCGGCUCUGCAAUCGCCUCGUCCUCCGUCGCUACUGAAUGGGUGAAGGGAAAGCAAAUGGAGGAAGUAGUGAGUAUCAAGAACACUGAGAUUGCAAAGCACUUGUCACUUCCACCAGUAAAGCUCCAUUGCAGUAUGCUUGCUGAAGAUGCAAUUAAAGCUGCCGUGAAAGAUUAUGAAUCAAAGAAGGCGAAGCUGGGAGACAGCCCUGCAGAGAAGGCUGCCGAAGCAUGAGCAUGAUAUAUGCUUCUGUUCUAUGAGGGUGGGAAAUGGUGUGCAAUGUUCACAAAGUCCAGUGUUGUAGCAUGUAUCAUAAGGAUGAACACGAACAGUUUGAAAUAAAUGUGCUCUCAUGUUAGGAGAAGUUGUUCAUGUAUAGCAGCUGCUACGAAAAUUUGUGCAUGUAUAGCAACUGCUUGGAAGUCGUAAUGUACAAUUUGUCAUUUGCCCGUUCCAAAAAACAUUCGGUACUAUAUUGCUGGUUAUUUUGUUGAA